ACACUGCGUGAUGGCGAUGCAGGUUUCUGUUCGUGAAGAGGAAGAAGUGACACAAACCAUGUGACAGUUUCUUCAUAAAUACCAACCAGGAAAACACAAUCACAGACGGUUCAGCAGAGAAGCGGCGAUGAGUCCGAGUGAACAAGGCCUGAUGUUGGGGAGCCUGCUGCUCGUCUCCCUGUGUGUUGGGGCAGCAGCCGUGUUUGACAGCAGGCUGGACGUCCACUGGGGGCUGUGGAAGAAGACACACGGAAAGAUGUACCAAAAUGAGGUGGAGGCUGUGCGCCGCAGGGAACUGUGGGAGAAGAACCUGAUGCUCAUUAACAUGCACAAUCUGGAGGCCUCGAUGGGGCUUCACACCUACGAACUGGGCAUGAACUUCAUGGGGGACCUGACAGCAGAGGAGAUCCUGCAGUUUUCUGCCACACUCAGUCCUCCUACUGACAUCCAGAGGGCGCCAUCACCCUUGGCAGGGACAUCAGGCGUUGACGUUCCAGACAGCAUAGACUGGAGAGAGAAGGGCUGUGUCACCAGAGUCAAAAUGCAGGGUGCCUGUGGCUCUUGCUGGGCCUUCAGUGCCGCAGGGGCCCUGGAGGGCCAAUUGGCCAAGACUACAGGGAAGCUGGUGGACCUCAGCCCCCAAAACCUGGUGGACUGUUCUACCAAGUAUGGCAACCACGGCUGCCAUGGAGGCGCCAUGCACCGUGCCUUCCAGUACGUCAUCGACAACCAUGGCAUCGACUCUGACGCUUCAUACCCCUACACAGGACUUGAUAAACAACAGUGUCGCUACAACCCAGCAUACCGCGCCGCCAACUGCUCCCGAUACAGCUUCCUGCCUGAAGGGGACGAGGGGGCUCUGAAAGAGGCGGUUGCCACCAUCGGACCCAUUUCAGUGGGGAUUGAUGCCACACGGCCCAGAUUUGCUUUCUACAGGAGCGGAGUGUAUGAUGACCAAAGCUGCACUCAGGACGUGAACCAUGCGGUGUUAGUUGUGGGCUACGGCACACUGAACGGGCAAGACUACUGGCUGGUAAAGAACAGCUGGGGAACUUCUUUCGGAGACCAGGGCUACGUCCGGAUGGUCCGCAACAAGAACGACCAGUGUGGCAUCGCUGUGUACGCCUGCUAUCCCAUCAUGUAGCUGCACAGAGAACUGAUCACUUCUUUCUUCUAUGAAUAUUUUUAAUAUUUUUACAGAAUGACUUCAUGUGAAUGUCUAACUACAGGAGCCACAAAGGGCAAAUCCUUAAAUACUAAAGUUUAACCAGCACAUUUUGGUGUUUUUUUAGUUGUUUUCUUUUUUUUAGUUUUUUUUUCCUUUUGUAAACCUGAGGUGGAAUCAAGUUUUUUUCUCUAUCUCUGAACUUCUUUGUCUUGUAAGACUGUGUGCUUGUUUGUGCCUGACUGUGUGUGUGUCUGUUUGAAUUUGUAAUAAAGAAACAGAUGUACUUCUUA